AUGAGUUAAGAGAAGAUAAAAAGAUAUAAGCUAACUUUGUUUUAAUUAUAGAAAUACAAUAUGAAAUCUGAAGAAAGGGUUAUUAUAAAUACAUCUGCAAAUUUUAAAGCUUUUUCUCCAAAAGAAUCUCCAUAGAUUAAUUCUAUUCGGAAUCGUACUAAACUAUCACUAGAAAGAUCGCGAUCCUCUCAUAGAAUCGAAAACAUUAUAAUCUAAAACAAAAAGAAGAUUUCCAAAAAUGAUCUGAAUAAUUACAAUAAACAUAUAGACUUCGUUAAUUAGAGUUCUAAUUUUAUUUAAGAAAUGAAAAAAAAGAUUGAUUUAAAAUUUUUGAAGGAAUGUAAAGCUAAUAAUGCUGAUAUUUGUCUUUAAUUACUAGAACCUACAAUGGUUCAUUAGAUUUGUAAUUUAUUUAGUUUGAUAUAUUAGUAAAUAUCUCUUCAUCGAUUCCAAUUAAUGGAGAUUUAAAAGCUAAUUUAAAUGUUUAAGAUGCAAAUAAAAAUACCGCUUUACAUAUAGCAGUGAAAAAUGAUAACAUUUAAUUAGUUUAAGCCUUAAUAUAUAAGGAAAUUAAUAUAGAGAUUGAAAAUUUAGAAAAGAUGACAUCGUUAAUACUGGCUAGUUAUCAGUAAAUUAUUUAUUUAAUUAAAAAAAAGUGGAAAUAUAGAAAUAUUCAAAAUUUUAAUAGAUGCAGGAGCAUAAAUAAAUCAUUAGGAUAUGUAUGGAAAUACAUCACUUCAUUAUGCUUGUAAAUUUAAUCGAAAAGAAAUUGUAGAAAUUAUUCUAAAAUUGAAUAAUCUGAUUUUUAUACCAAAUAAUGAUUCUAAGUAUCCAGACUAUUAUAUUAAUGAUUCUGAAAUUCUUAGAUUAUUUACUCAAUUUUAAGUUGAACAUAAAAGUAAUUAGUUUUAAAAUAUAGAUAGAAAAAAGAUCAAAAGAAAUAUAGAUAUAAAAUAUAAAAAUGGAAUAUUAUUGCAAAUCAGAUAAAUUUAAGGCAAAUUAAUUUAAAUAAUAAUAAUCUCCAAUUAAUAAUUUAUCUUUAGAAACUAAUAAAGAAAGUAAAUAAGGGAUUCUUAAGCAUAUAAGAAAUUAUAAUAAAAUUGAAAAAAAAGGGAAUGCCAAUACUCCUUCAACAUUAGAUUCAAUAUCAAUGAAAUAAUCAAAAAGAGAAGAAAAGAUAAAUCCAUAAUAAUUUUAAGUAUUGGGUUUAUUAGGUAAGGGAAGUUUUGGAGAGGUUUAUUUAGUGAAAAAAAAUAAAAAGUUAUACGCAAUGAAAGUACUUCUUAAGAAUAUGAUCUUCAGUAAUUAUAUAAAUAUAUGAAAGAAUAAAAUAUUUGUAGAUAUGCAUUAACUGAAAGAAAUGUGUUAUCUGUGACAUCACAUCCAUUUAUAGUGAAAUUAAGGUAUGCUUUUUAGACAGAAGAUAAAUUAUUUAUGAUAUUAGAUUAUUGUCCAGGUGGAGAUCUUGGAAUGUUACUAGGUAAAAUAAAGAGAUUUCCUGAAGAACUAGUAAGAUUAUAUGCCUGUGAAAUUAUUUUGGCAUUAGAGGAUCUUCAUAAACGAGAUAUAAUAUUUCGUGAUUUAAAACCAGAUAAUAUUUUGGUAGAUAAAGAUGGACAUGUUUUAUUAACAGAUUUUGGAUUAUCUAAAGAAGGAAUAGAGAGAUCAAAUGUAGGAACUAAAUCAUUUUGUGGUUCUGUUGCAUAUUUAGCACCAGAAAUAUUAAAAAGAUAAGGUCAUGGUAAAGCUGUAGAUUGGUAUUUACUUGGAGUAGUAAUCUAUGAACUAUUAGUGGGAUUACCUCCUUAUUAUGCAGAUAAUAGAGAAACAUUAUUUGAUAACAUAGAAAAUGCAAGUUUGAAAAUUCCUUAAUAUAUUACAAUGGAAUGUAGAACUUUAUUAAAAUCAGUAAGAUAGAUAUAUAAUAUUAGUUAUUGGAAAGAAAUCCAAAUAAACGUUUAGGAUCUGGAUUAGGGGAUUCAUAAGAAAUAAAAGAUCAUCCUUAUUUUGCAAAUAUUGAUUGGGAGUAAGUAUUAAAGAGAGAAUUAUAAUUACCAAAACCUGAUUAUAAUCUUAAAUUAAAAGCAAUAGGAGAUUAUAAUGUUUUUGAUUUGUAAGACUUUAGAGAGUUUGAAUAGAAUCACGUAAAUGGAUGGUCAUAUGUUCAAACAGAAUGA